AUGUCCCAACCCAGAUUCGUUUCCACCAUCUUCCUCUGUCUGGCCCUCCUUGUUCUGUUCCAUGCCCAGCCCCCAAUCUGCAACGCCCUAUCGUUUGGGGACCUCAAUUUGUUGAAACACAGGGAAAUAGAUGUGAUGACCAAAAGGGUUUGCACCAAGAGCAUUGGAGAGUGUUUGAGUUUGACAGAGCCGGAGAUGGAUUCUGAAACCAACAGAAGAGUUCUGGCAAUGCAGAAAAAGUACAUUAGCUAUGAGACACUGAAGAGAGACAUGGUUCCGUGUGAUAGGGCUGGAGCUUCUUACUACAAUUGUCAUGCAAUACGAGCAAAUCCUUAUAAUAGAGGCUGUGAGGUAAUUACUGCAUGUGCAAGAGGUCAAGACAUCAACACUUGA